UUCUUACUUUACUGAAAAAAAAAAAAAAAUUCAUAGGAAUCUCCAAGGAUGAUAUUCGACAAACGUCAAGAAUUUGCAUUUUGCACAAACCAAGAAACGUAAGCCAGAAGCUGAAGUCUGAUUAAAGAAAACCCCCCAAAAAAACAACAAAGUGAAAACGAGAAGAACAACUUAGAAACUUCCUACUUGUAGAAUCAUUUGUUGACCUUUUUACUCAACUUUACUCCCUCAAAAUCUCAAACAAUCCCCAAAAAAAAACACCCAUCAAACCAAAAUUCAUAUCAUAUCAUCAAUUUUCCGAGUGAAUUAGAGUUAUAAUAAUUGGUGGGUCGAAUUUAGGUAAAGAAAAACAAUGAGUCCUACAAAUGAUCCGCUGAUAUCUCCGGUGGAUGUGCGCGGAAGUCCGGCAAAAGAGCAACAAGCUGCCGGAGUAGGAAUUUUACUGCAAAUAAUGAUGUUGGUUCUUUCAUUUGUACUUGGUCAUGUUUUACGUCGUCACAAAUUUUAUUAUCUUCCUGAAGCCAGCGCUUCUCUUUUGAUUGGUUUGGUUGUUGGCGGACUUGCUAACAUCUCAAAUACAGAAACUAGCAUCAGGGAAUGGUUCAACUUUCACGAGGAGUUCUUCUUUCUUUUUUUGUUACCUCCCAUCAUAUUUCAGUCAGGCUUCAUUCUUGCUCCUAAACCGUUCUUCUCAAAUUUUGGGGCCAUUGUGACAUUUUCUGUUGUUGGAACCUUUAUCUCUUCAAUUUUGACUGGCCUUCUUGUGUAUCUUGGCGGAGUCACAUAUCUCAUAUAUAAACUCCCAUUUGUUGAGUGUAUGAUGUUUGGCGCUUUGAUAUCUUCAACUGAUCCCAUCACUGUUUUGGCAAUAUUCCAGGAACUUGGCACAGAUGUGAAUCUAUAUGCGUUGGUUUUUGGGGAAUCAGUUUUGAAUGAUGCGGUUGCAAUAUCCCUCUACAGGUCAAUGUCAUUGUUGAGGGGUCAGUCAUCAAGCCAGAAUAUAUUCAAGUUUAUACUUGGAUUUCUUGAGACUUUUGUUGGGUCGUUGUCUUCAGGGGUCGGUGUUGGAUUCAUAUCUGCUCUGCUUUUCAAGUAUGCCGGUCUAGAUAUUGAGAACCUUCAGAACUUGGAAUGCUGUCUGUUUGUUCUUUUCCCAUAUUUCUCGUACAUGCUUGCGGAAGGUCUUGGGCUCUCUGGUAUUGUGUCCAUAUUGUUCACAGGGAUUGUCAUGAAGCAUUAUACUUACUCAAACUUAUCAGAGAAGUCUCAACAGUUUGUAUCUGAGUUUUUCCAUCUAAUAUCGUCCUUAGCGGAGACUUUUAUAUUCAUAUACAUGGGCCUUGAUAUUGUCAUGGAAAGGCAUAGCUGGUCACACAUCGGCUUUAUCUUCUUUUCAAUUGUUAUUAUUGUGAUUGCCAGGGGUGUGAAUGUCUUCUCGUGUGGAUAUCUGGUCAAUUUGGCUCGACCAGCAAACCGGAAGAUACCAAUGACACAUCAGAAAGCGCUUUGGUACAAUGGACUUAGAGGGGCUAUGGCUUUUGCUCUUGCUCUACAGUCUGUACAUGAUCUGCCCGAUGGCAAUGGCCAGACAAUAUUCACGGCUACCACGGCAAUAGUUGUUUUAACGGUUUUACUAAUUGGAGGGUCAACGGGAACGAUGCUUGAAUCUUUGCAAGUUAUAGGUGAUACCCCUGAAGGUCACUUAGAUGGCUUCAAUAGGAACGAUGGCUAUGUAUCUCCUGGUCAGGAAGAAGAGGGAUCAUCUUCGAACAGAUUUAAGUUGAGACUUAAAGAAUUCCAUAGAAGCGCUCCAUCAUUUUCAGCAUUAGAUAAAAACUAUCUGACCCCAUUCUUCACUACCCAGUCUGGUGAUGAAGACGAACAAGAAAAUCUGAUGCCAACUCCGAGAAGAGAAGUCUACAGUAGCCGUAACUGAUUCAUACUUUUGCUAAUUGAUCAAAUGACGAUUUGGAAAUAGAGAGAAUGCCAGACAUGGUGGGCCAUGCCUUGAUGACAACUGAGAAAGGCUGUGUGCGGAGUAUUAAGAUCCGUACAUAUGCCUGCGUGUAGAGUUGCAUAUAGAGUGAGGUUCACUGCUAUGGUGAAACAUGCAACAUAUCAAAUUGGUUAGAUUGCUGAUCAUUAUUUGAUGCCUCAAAUGUUAAGAGAUGGAUGAUCCUUGCCAAAAGAGGUUGUUCAAGUGUAAUGAAUUCCGAGUUCAGUGCUUGUAUAGAAAUCUGUAGUUGCAGUAUAGAUCGAUUGGUACUGAACUUCAUCUAGUGUGUAUUACAGAGGACACAGGAACAUGAUUUUUACACAAAUCAUUAGUGUGGCAUUUGUCACUUCGAUUGCAAUAUCUGAUCUUGCGCGAUACACUUGUUCCAUUGUACUAGCAUGGAAGGAAAUUUGUCACUUCUAUUGCAA